UACCUCUAUAUAAAUCUACCGAUCGCCUCAUACUGAGCCAAUACGAGGAGAUCGCUCUGCACACCGCAAAGCAACAUCUUACUAUUAACUAUUGAAAUCUGCGCGCCUGGUCCACAGACUACCUACCAUGGCGCCCAUCCGCGUCGCCCUCAUUGGCCUCUCCUCGUCGGCAAAGACCUCUUGGGCAGCCGAGGGCCACCUGCCAUACCUUCUAUCCCCGCGGGGAGCGUCUCACUACGUGAUUGUAGCGUUACUCAACUCGAGCAUCUCGGCCGCCAAGGCAGCGCGGGACCAUUUUAACCUACCCUCGGGCACGAAAACAUACGGAGACCCAACCGAGUUGGCUUCUGACGCGGACGUCGACCUCGUCGUCUGUUGCACCCGGGUCGAUACCCACGCGUUGACGACAGGGCCCUCGCUGCGGGCGGGGAAGGCCGUGUUCAUCGAGUGGCCGCUCGUCGAGAACUACGAGGAAGCUAUCGCCCUGACACAGGGUGUUCCCCUCGACAACAACAUCAUCGGACUCCAAGGGCGCGUGUCGCCCAUCGUCCUCAAGCUCAAGGGGAUACUCAGGUCGGGGCGCAUCGGGCAGGUGUUGAGCAGCGAUGUGCGUGCGUACGGAAACCUCUUUCGGAGGGACGCCAUGCGGGAGGGCCUAGCCUACUUUGCGGAUCGCAAGGUCGGGGGCAACGCCGUCACCAUCUCGUACGCGCACGCCAUCGACUCCGUGCACGAGACCCUGGGGGAAUUCGCGUCGUUCCAGAGCCGGAUGCAGAUCCAGCGGCGGACGAUCGCGAUCGAUGGCGAGGGCGGUGGCGGCAGCCAGCCGACCACGAGGAAGACGCAGACGGACGUCCCGGAUCUGCUGGUGGCGCACGGCAAGCUGGCUCCAGGGAAGGCCGACGUCGCCGAGGAGGCCACGCUGUCGUUUUUCUACCGCAACGGCCCGCAGUUCAAGGGCGCGCCGGGGUUCGUGUGGACGAUCAACGGCGCGGCGGGCGAGAUCAUGGUGAAGGCGGCAAGCCCGUACCUACAGUACGACGCGCACAGUGGGCCGAUCGAGAUCCGGAUCCACGAUCACGCCACCGACGAGGUGAUCGAGGUGCCGUGGGACUGGGAGGCGUGGCAGAAGGAGCUCCCGAACCGCGCGAGGACCGUGGCGGUAUUGUACGAGCGGUACGCGCACUGGCGAGAGAGCGGCGAAGGGGGGACGCGGGAUUGGCCGGGGCUAGGCGACGCCGUGGUGAGGAUGAGGGAGCUCGACGAGGUGUUCAGACAGUACGACGCGCAGAGGGGAGAGUGAGGGCGAGAGUGUGUAUCCCUCUCUCAUAUCUCUCUCUCUCUUAUCGGUUGUACGCCGGCCACUGCGCCGGCCGAGGAUUCCACUAUGGUAUUGUCGCUCCGUCCUGGUCGCACGUCGCGACGGCGCUGCCCAAUGAUAUGACAACGCCUCGGGGGCACUAGGUCUUGGCGUGAUCCAAGCACCCGCAGCCUACACCUAAUCCAGGCCUCGUCCGUCGCAUGGGGCGAUAUCUAGCGUAGGUCGGUCGGUCAGUCGGUCGGCCAGUUGGUCGUUAGGUAGAGUCUCUCCUCAUAGGUAGGUGGCGGGCUGCUCAGUAGAGAAGGCAUGUAACUCGGCGUGGCGUUACCUAUACACACACGUACCUACAUGAUGCCUCAACCCGUACGACUUUGGCUUCCCACUCGAUCCCUUCAGCUUAGGUGCCGAAUCGUAUACACACAUGGCUGCUAGUUGUUUCACAGGUAAAUGCCGCCGAGGCACCCCGAGCACCUCGGUAACUGUAGAUACUAGGGACGUGAUGCGGGAUAUCAGGAGGAGGUAUCUCUCUCUAACAAUGACUACCUACUUCCACCUAGGUACAACUCCUUGGAGAUUGGCGUGGCUGUGUGCACCAGAGAGGUGGGAAGAAGAAGCCCGCCAAUAUCCU